GAGUGGAUGCUGGUCGCUCUCUGUCUGCUGCCCGGUGCCCUCCAUCCCGCGGCGAGCACACAGACACGGACAGGGGCAACCCGAGGAGCGAUGGGCGAGGAUAGGGAAACAAACAGCCCAUGCUGUUGAUGAAGGAAGUCUGAGGUAGAUGCUGAGCCAGAGGAGAGCCCAGGGAGCAGCAGCAGCAGCAGCAGCAGCGGGGCUGUAGAUGCCCUCUCCACAGCUCCGUCACCAGCCCCCCCUCAGGCAGGAGAGAGAGGAGACAGCUCCUGCUCUGACUCCGACAGCCCUUUAGAUUCCAGUUCCAGCGACGAAGAGGAGGAGGAAGACCCAACUAUGUUCUCCUCCAAAUUCCUUAGUGGGGCCAACCCGCUCAAUGCAGUGUCCUCUGCUGUGAAUAAGUUUGGUUUAUUUGGAGAUGAUGGGGAUAAGAAUAAGAAAGCACCUUCACAGCAGGGGGCUAAGCCUGGACAGCAGCCCGGAGCAGGGUCAAGCCUCGGCCCUCAACAGCAGCAGGGACAACAAAAACCAGGCCCUACGGAAAAGGGACAGCCUCUCCCUAAAGAAGGAUCCCCACAGUUGCAUGGGAAUGGACAGGCUGGACCUCCAAACAAGCCUGGUGGGCAAGUUCCUCCAAAGGCAGGAGCACAGCCUGAAGGCCAGAUUAAAGGAGAGCCUCAAAAAAGUCAAACUAAGGGCCCAUCACAGCAAUGUUCACAUAUACCUGGAGCUCAACAACAGAUUGGGAGGAGUGGUGCUCAACCAGGUUCUCCAAAAGCACCACAAACGGUUCCACCUAAGACUGGGAUGCAACAACAGGGGCCGGCUAAGACUGGGACGCAACAACAGGGGACGGCUAAGACUGGGAUGCAACAACAGGGGACGGCUAAGACUGGGAUGCAACAACAGGGGCCGGCUAAGACUGGGAUUCAACAACAGGGGCCGGCUAAGACUGGGACGCAACAACAGGGGCCGGCUAAGACUGGGACGCAACAACAGGGGCCGGCUAAGACUGGGAUGCAACAACAGGGGGCGGCUAAGACUGGGACGCAACAACAGGGGCCGGCUAAGACUGGGAUGCAACAACAGGGGGCGGCUAAGACUGGGAUGCAACAACAGGGGCCAGCUAAGACUGGGAUGCAAGAAUCAACAAAAGUUGGCUCACAAAAUAGUGGCUCACAGCAGGGGUCACCGACAAUUGGUCAACAAGAACGUGGCUCACCUAAACUUUUACCGCAACAACAGGGUUUCCCCAAAGGAGCCCAGCAGGGCUCAUCUACAGUCGGACGGGAACAACAAAGCUUUAGGGAUACACCCCAACAACAGCAGUCCUCAAAAAGGCCAGAGUCACAAAAACAAGAGGCAAAGGGACCCGGUACACCUGGCAUGGAGCGAGCAGGAUCUUCAGCCCCGGGACCAACCAAAGCUGGAUCUCAGUCAAGAGCAGUAGUUAAGUCCCUUUGCCCAGUGUGUAACACAACAGAACUUAAUGUACACACCAAGGAAUCGCCUAACCAUAAAACCUGUUCACAGUGUAAAACUCAAGUGUGCAACUUGUGUGGCUUCAGCCCUCCAGACUCUGACGGACGUGAGUGGCUUUGUCUUCCCUGCCAGAUACAGAGAGCUCAAGGGGCUUCUGAACAACAGGGACCCUCCACAAAGAAGCUCACACCUAACAAAGUCUCUUCUGCUCAAAACCAGACACCACCCCCCGCUGCACCUGUCAAAAAAGAGAUGUUAGCACCUGGUUCACCCAAGAAAAUGCAGUCUACAUUGGCAAACGUUCCAGCCAAGGGUGAAGCUAGUAGAGGUCAAGAGAGUCAAAAACAAGCCAGCCCAGCUUCUGUUCAUAAAAAGACACCUGAGACCCAACAUACAUCAGGAUCUAACAAACCAGACGCGACCAGUCAAAGUGGACGCAAGCAAAGCAGUGGCCAGCAAGAGUCCGGAGGAUUAUUUGGCCUGGGUGGUGUUAAAACUGAAGCUGCAAAGCCUGAUGAGUCAGUAACUGGAAAGAUGUUUGGUUUUGGUUCAUCCAUUUUCAGCUCUGCAUCUACACUGAUAGCUUCAGCUGUUCAGGAUGAGCCUAAAUCAACACCACCUGUUUCUCCCAAAAUACAGUCUGCAAAAGACAACAAAACAGCUACUGUACAAAAGUCAGCAAAAGACAAGACACAAGAGGCAACAGUUAAUCCAGCAAGACAGGUAAAAGGGGACAAAGCUGUGUUCCAGACUCAGAAGGCAGCCUCCCAAAGUGUUCCUAAAGAAGGUCCAUCCACAUGUCCCCUCUGUAAGAUGGUGCUCAAUAUGGGCUCGAAGGAUCCGCCCAACUUCAACACCUGCACAGAAUGCAAAAGCACUGUCUGCAACCAAUGUGGAUUCAACCCGAUGCCAAAUGUCAAGGAAAAGGAGUGGCUCUGUCUCAACUGCCAGGUCAAACGAGCUGCCAGCGGAAUUGAACCUCCGAAAGACACAUCAUUGGUCAAUUCUUCAAUUAAAAAAACUACUCAAGCACAGCCUGCACUACAAAAGACAUCUGCACCAGGCUCUCCUCAGAGGAAAAUAUCCACACCUACUGCUCAAUCAGACAAAGCUGACACUGCUAAAGUGCCAGACAGUUCUAUACAGGCUAGCCAAUCUCCUGGUCAGAAAACACCUCAGGAGAGCCGGAUAACAGCUCCUCAGACACAACCAGACCAGACAGGCCAAACUUCACAGAAACAGAGGACUGUCACAGCAGUCACACAGCAAGAGUCAGGGAAGUUUUUUGGCUUUGGUGGCCCUAAAACUCAGGUUGAUGCUGCAAAGCCUGCAGUGACAGGGAAAAUGUUUGGGUUUGGUUCCUCCAUCUUCAGUUCCGCAUCUACUUUAAUAACUGCAGCUGUUCAAGAUGAGUCAAGAACUACACCACCACUUUCUCCCAAAAUGAAUGCCGGAAAGGACUCUAAAUACCACACUGCCAAGAAAUCGGAACAGGACAGGGAACCAGAGCAACCCCAGCAAGCCAAGAGUUCUCCAUCAGUACAGCCAAAAGUGGAGAAACUUCUAUCUGAGCAGCCAAAGAAAGCAUCGUCUUCCCCAGUUGAUUCGAAAGCAACCUGUCCUCUAUGUAAAGUCGGACUCAAUGUGGGCUCUACAGAUCCCCCCAACUACAACACCUGUACAGAGUGCAAAUGCACAGUCUGUAACCAAUGUGGUUUCAAUCCCAUGACAAAUGUUAAAGAGACAAAGGAGUGGUUGUGUCUCAACUGCCAGAUGCAGAGAGCACUGGGAGCGUCUGAGCCUCCUGGAACUCCCAUGAUAAAACGACUGGCCUCAUCAAAUAAAGACCCCGCACCUCUCAGUGCCAUGAAUAAGGAACCUUCCCCACUUGAUAAACCUCAAAACAAAGACAUUCAAAUAGCUGCAGAUUCAAAGAAGACCUCUGCACCAAGCUCCCCUCAGAGGAAACCACCACCAGCCGAGCAGCCAGCAAAGUCUGAAGUCAUAAAAGGAGCAGAAAGUCAGAAACAGGUCAGCCCAGCUCCUGGUAAGAAAAUUCCAAUGCAGGACCGUAUGGAAGCUCCUCAGAAACCACAGGACCAGACAAGUCAAACUGGACAUAAACAGAAUAACACUGUCUCAACUACACAAGAGGUAUCUAAAGAGAUUUCUGGCGGUCAGAAACCUCAACCUGAAAAGCCAGCGGAGUCAUUAGGUGGAAAAAUGUUUGGCUUUGGGUCCUCCAUCUUCAGUUCUGCCUCCACUUUAAUAAACACAAAUGUGCAAGAUGAUUCCAAAACAACUCCACCGAUGUCAGCCAAGAUUCCUGCUGCAAAGGCAACCAAAUAUCCGCUUGCAGAGAAACAAGAGGAAGGCAAACUAGAGCCCAUGACCUCUCCAUCUCAUAAAGCCAAAGUAGAAAAAGCUUUAUCAAAGCCUACAAAGGAUGCAGCUGUUUGCCCAGUUGUUCCCAAGACAGGGAAACCUACCUGUCCACUCUGUAAGGUUGAACUCAACUUUUGCUCUAAGGAACCUACGAACUACAACAAGUGCACUGAAUGCAAGAAGAAUGUCUGUAACCAGUGCGGAUUUAAUCCAAGGCCAAAUGUAUCAGAGAUAAAAGAAUGGUUAUGCCUGAACUGUCAGAUGCAGAGAGCUCUUAGCUCAUCUGAACUCACAGGUCCUCCUUUGAAAUCUAACAAUACAGCUGACAAAAUGACUCCUGUGGCUGAUGUACUUCAAACGAAGGGGAGUCCGACACCAGGAUCUCCUCAGAAGAAGCAGGCAACCAAGGCUGCCGAAGGACCAGGCAGAGAAAUGCAGGCUAGCCCUACUCCAGGACGGAAAACCCCUCUAGACAUUGGGAGGGUACCAGAGCCUGAUAGCUCAAAAACCACACAGUCUGUGAGUGGGAAGAUGUUUGGAUUUGGUUCUUCCAUUUUCAACUCAGCAUCAACUUUGAUUUCAUCCACUGUUCUGGACGAAUCACGUACUACACCCCCAAGCUCUCGUAAGAUGUCUGCACCAGUACAAGUCUCACCCAACAGGUCUGCUGCACCCAAUGUUUCUCAAAAGACUACACAGCCAGUUUCCCCCAAAAUGUUCCACGCAAGACAGUCUGAAAUACUUGAGAAGAAAACAGAACAACUCCAUCAGAACAAACCUGACAAAACUCCACCAAAGGCAGCAUCAAUCUCAAAAACAAAUCUCAAUGAAAGCCAGGCGACCUGUCCACUCUGUAAGGUUGAGAUCAACAUCAACUCCAAGGACCUUCCAAACUACAACACCUGCACUGAGUGCAAGACCACUGUUUGUACCCAAUGUGGAUUCAACCCAAUGCCCAUAGGCAAGGCAAACAAGUGGCUAUGUCUUAACUGUCAGAUGAAAAGAGCAAUUGGAGCAUCAGAACCCCCAGGACCUCUCACAUUGAAGUCUCAGACAUCUACUUCACUUGCUGCAGUCCAGUUGAAUGAUUCUCCCAAACCAACCACACCUCAAAAGAAGGACAGUCCAGGCCCUGCUGUACUAAAGAAGGAACCUCCAGAACCUGUCUCACCCCAAAGAAAACCGUCACCAUCUGUGCAGUCAGAGAAACCUGAAGCUGCUUCUGCACCAUUGAAACAGGCCAGCCCGGCGCACAAUCACAAAACACCACAGGAAAUACAGAAGGCAGUUCAGAAAAAGCCACCAGAUCAGGCAAGACAAACUGUAAGCAGGCAACCUGAUAGGCAGACUGAACGUAAGCAGAGUGAUGCCUCUGCAGCAACACAGCAACAAGCAGGAGGUUUCUUUGGUUUUGCUAGUGGGAAAACUCAACCCGAACCUAGCAAGCAGGCAGAGUCAGCAACUGGGAAAAUGUUUGGCUUUGGCUCUUCAAUCUUCAGUUCUACAUCUUCAUUGAUGACCUCAGCUGUUCAUGAACAACCCAAAACUACUCCCCCAGUGUCUCCCAAGAUGUCUCCAGCUAAGGAGAUCAGGUCCCCCAGCGUCUACAAACCUGACCAGCAAAAGCAAGCAGAGUCAUCCGAGAAGACCAAGACAACCCCAACAGGACAGGCCAAAUUGAGCAAAGCCCCAUUAGAGCCUCUAAAGGCCAGGGCGGAGUCACAAGUAGCUGUCAAACCAGGCCAAUCUACCUGUCCACUCUGUAAGGUAGAUCUGAACGUACUUUCCAAAGAAUCACCCAACUACAAUACCUGCACUGAAUGCAAGAACCUCGUCUGUAACCAGUGUGGAUUUAAUCCUAUGCCGAAUGAAACAGCGGUAAAGGAGUGGCUGUGUCUGACCUGUCAGAUGCAGCGUGCUCUAGGCUCAACACAGCUCCAAGGAGUUACUUCUGUCAAUACCCAGAUAGCUCCAAAACCACAGAAGAGAGAAUUCAUCGGCCCAGCUGAACCUGAAAACAAUGACUCACCUCAGAGGACACUGUCUGUUGAAACACAGCAGUCUCCAUCUGAAGCUGAUAACAAGCCAGAAGGUCAGAAACAGCCCAGCCUAGUUACUUCUCAGCAGAGUCCAAAGGAGCCUCAGAGAACAUCAGGUCCUAAAAAAUCCACAGACCAGACAAGGCAAACUGAACGUGAGCAGAGUAACACCACAGCAGCGUCGCAGCAAGAUACGAAAGGCUUCUUUGGUUUUGGUGGUGGAAAAAGUCAACCUGGUGCAAUGCCAACAGGGUCUGCAACUGGGAAAAUGUUAGGCUUUGGUUCUUCCAUCUUCAGUUCUGCAUCCACUUUGAUAACCUCUGCGGUUCAGGACCAGCCUAAGACCACUCCACCAGUUUCUCCUAAGAUGUCCCCAGCAAAAGGGAUCAAAUCCCCUCAUGUUCAGAGGAAAGAACAACAGACAAAGCUUGAACAAUCUCCUCAGACCAAGACACCACCAACAACACAGACUAAAGUGGACAAAGCUUCAUCCCAGCUCCCAAAGGAUGACGCAACCUCUGAUGCAACUAUCAAAACAAGCCAUUCUACCUGUCCACUCUGUAAGCUUGAACUCAACAUGGGGUCCAAGGAUCCACCUAACUACAAUACCUGCACUGAAUGCAAGAAUACGGUCUGUAACCAGUGUGGAUUUAACCCCAUGCCGAAUGUUUCAGAAAUGAAGGAGUGGUUGUGUUUGACUUGUCAGAUGCAAAGAGCUCUCAUGGCAGCUGAAUCCAUAGAGCCGCCAUUGAUGAAACCUCAGGCAUCACCAAGCAGAGUGUCAAAACCUCUUGAUGAGGCCACGACCAAUAGAAAUAAAGACAUUAUACGCACACAAAUGAUAGUAGUUCCAGAAAAGUAUUCAAAGGACCAUCCAACUGAACUACAGAAUAAAGAAGAAAAUAAACCUUCAGUUAAAAAGGACAUCACCCAAACUUCAACCACUGCCUCGUCACCUACAAAGAAAAAGGCUACAGCACCUACCAAGGAGGUUCCAACCUCUUAUGCAUCUGUCAUCGAAGAGCCGACAGCUGUAGUAUCAGACCUCAAUAAACCAUUGCCUGCUCAAAUCACUCCUCUCAACGCAGAUACUUUAACUUGUUACUCAAAGAAAAAGGAUAUCACUCCACCAAGUUCACCUGCAUGCAACAAACUAUCAGAGAAGAAAGAGGAGGAAGCUGAAAUAGUCCAGAAAUCAGCUGAUAAACCGGUCACAUUCUAUGAUGAUUUACAGCCCCCAAAACCCCCAAAUGGAGAAUCAAGCACUGUUGAUAUAUCCCUUGCCAAAUCUGCUUCGCCAGCAGCCCAGCCAACAAAUCAAAAAACAGGAGGUUUGUUCAGCAUGGGCGGUCCUCAAUCUCAGCAUGUUGAAGCCAAAACAACUGAAGCAAUGACUGGAAAGAUGAUGGGAUUUGGCUCAUCCCUCUUCAGCUCAGCAUCUACCUUGAUAACAUCUGCAAAUAAGGAGGAGUCUCGCACAACACCACCAAGUUCCCGCAAAAUGUCUGCCCCAGAUCAAGUCUCUGGCAAGAUGGCAACGUCACAGAGUUCUCCACAGUCUAGUUCCCCUGUUUCCCUGAGGAAGACCUCAGAAAAAGGGGCCAAACUGCCCCCUGCCCAGAAACCUCAUUCGGAUAUAAUACCAGACCAAAGUCAGGAGGCCAAGGCCCCCCUGUCAAUACAUUCCCAGGUUAACAAAGAUUCAUUAGAGCCUUCAAAACCAGAAGUCCCCCAAGGUGCUCCCAAAGAAGGGCAGUCUAACUGUCCACUGUGUAAAGCAAAACUUAAUGUGGGCUCCAAAGAUCUUCCCAACUACAACACCUGCUCUGAAUGCAAAACCGAUGUCUGCAACAAAUGUGGAUUUAGCCCUAUGCCACAUGUAGAAAAGGGGAAGGAAUGGCUUUGUCUCAACUGCCAGAUGCAGAGAGCACUUGGAGCUUCUGAACCUCCCGGCCUUCCCAUGAUAAAAUCCAAACCGUCGCCACGCAAAGAGGGUGCCGCCCCACAAAGGAAAGAGGGCCCUAUGCCAACUUCUCAGGAGGAUAUUCAUCAACCAGCCGCACCCAAAAGUGUGCUUGUUAAAGUGGAUACAACGAAUACUGAAUCCCAAGCGCUUUGUCAACCACUAAAGGAAAUUACCAGUGAAGAUGCUUCAUUGCCUGACAAAACGCUCCUAUCCACUACCACAGAAACCAAUGUUUUACCAGCGUCACAAAAGCCUUCUGAAGACGCAUAUGAAGGACAACCUAGUACAUCCCAGCAACAGCCUACCCAAUCUGUAACACAUGCUUCUCCACCAGAUAAAGAAGCAGAAAAUCCAUCCCUACAACCGUCUCCAAAGGCUAAGACCGCUAUAUCUGCUGCCCCGCCAGAUCGACGUGUGGAAGAGAAAACUCCAAAACAGCCUUCAAAAACUGUGACUUUAAUCGCUAAGUCUGCUCCUCCGACAGAUCCAGAGGUGGAAAAGCUGCAUCGGGGACAGCCUCCAGAAAAUGUAAUUUCUGCUCCUCCAGCCGAUCAAGAGGCAGAAAAGCCAUCCCUAAAAGAGCCUCCAAAAGCUACGGCCAUUAUUGCUAAAUCUGCUGCACCACCAGAUCAAUGUGUGGAAGAGACAACUCCAAAACAGCCUUCACAAACUGUGACUUCAAUCGCUAAGUCUGCUUCUCCUACAGAUACAGAGGUGGAAAAACUCCAUCCACAACAGCCUCCAGAAACUGUGAUUUUUGCUCCAUCAGAUCAAAAGGCAGAAAAGCCAUCCCUAAAAGAGCCUCCAAAACCUACGACCAUUAUUGUUAAGUCUGCUGCACCACCAGAUCAACAUGCGGGAGAGCCAACUCCAAAACAGCCUUCAACAACUGUGACUUCAAUCGCUAAGUCUGCUCCCCCUACAGAUCCAGAGGCAGAGAAGCUGCAACUACGACAGCCUUCGGAAGCUGUGAUUUCUGCUCCUCCACCAUAUCAACAUGCACCUCAAAGAGAUUCUGUGCAAGAUAUGCAGAUCCAUUCAGGCAAGGUUGUGGCCGGCCAGCAGAAACCUGUUGAAAAAUCCCCACAAGUCCAGCUUUCACAACCUGUAGUUAGACCAGUAGUUAGACCAGGUCUUGCAAAAGAAGUUGGAAAAACAUCUCAACAGCCUUCAAAACCUGCAGUUCUCUCUGAAAAAUCUGCACCUCCACCAAUUCAUCCUGCUAAACAGGAGUCAGGAGGCUUUUUUGGCUUUGGUGGUCCUAAAAGUAAACCUGCUGCUGCAAAGCCUCCUGAGUCUGUGACUGGGAAGAUGUUUGGCUUUGGUUCAUCUUUCCUAAGCUCUGCAUCCACCAUGAUAACAUCAGCUGUUCAGGAUGAAGCUAAGACUACACCACCAACACCACGUAAGAUGUCUACUACAGCCAAUGAAUCACCUAAAACUACACCGGCAGCCUCCCCUAAACUUUUACCUGCAAAGGACACCAAGCCUACCGCUGUCAAGAAAACUGAAGAGAAGCAACCCGAGAAACCAUUGCAGGAAAAAACUCCUCCAACACUACAAACCAAAGUUGACAAAGGUCUACCAGAGCCCUCCAAGGCACCAACAGACAUCCAAGGUGCCUCAAAAGUAGUUCCAACCAUCUGUCCGCUUUGUAAGGUCAACCUCAACGUGGGCUCGAAAGAUCCUCCCAACUACAACAAUUGCACAGCAUGCAAGACGGAUUUCUGCAAUCAAUGUGGAUUUAAUACAAUGGCAAUUGUGGCCGAGGUGAAAGAAUGGCUUUGUCUGAACUGUCAGAUGCAGAGAGCCCUAGGAGCAUCUGAGCCCACUGGAAGUCCUGCAGUGAAACCACAGACCUCCCCAUGCAAGGUUCCUGGUUCUGAACUGAAGGAAAUUCCAACAUUAGUCCAACAGGACAAGUCUAUAGGAUCUACAGCAGUCACAAAAGAGGUCACUCAUGCAACUACGCAGAAACAAGUAACCCCAAAAGCUGGGGCUCCAGUGCCGAUUGCAGUCAAACAAGCUGAGAAAUUACACCGAGAUUCUGUGCAAGAGACGCAGAUCCUUUCCAGGACUGAACUAAGACAAGGACAAGGCAAGGCUGUGGAUGACCAGCAGCAACUGGUUGAAAAAUCCCCACAAGUCCAGCUUUCACAAACUCUAAAGACAGAAGUUAUGCCAGAUAUUAAAAAAGAUGAAGUUGGAAAAGCACCACAACAGCCUUCAAAAUCUGCAAUUUCUACGAAACAGGAGUCCGGAGGCUUUUUUGGCUUUGGUGGUCCUAAAACCCAACCUGAUGCUGCAAAGCCUCCUGAGUCUGUGACUGGGAAGAUGUUUGGCUUUGGUUCAUCUUUCCUAAGCUCUGCAUCCACCAUGAUAACAUCAGCUGUUCAGGAUGAAGCUAAGACCACACCACCAACACCACGUAAGAUGUCUACUACAGCCAAUGAAUCACCUAAAACUACACCGGCAGCCUCCCCUAAACUUUUACCUGCAAAGGACACCAAGCCUACCGCUGUCAAGAAAACUGAAGAGAAGCAACCAGAGAAACCAUUGCAGGAAAAAACUCCUCCAACACUACAAGCCAAAGUUGACAAAGGUCUACCAGAGCCCUCCAAGGCACCAACAGACAUCCAAGGUGCCUCAAAAGUAGUUCCAACCAUCUGUCCGCUUUGUAAGGUCAACCUCAACGUGGGCUCGAAAGAUCCUCCCAACUACAACAAUUGCACAGCAUGCAAGACGGAUUUCUGCAAUCAAUGUGGAUUUAAUACAAUGGCAAUUGUGGCAGAGGUGAAAGAAUGGCUUUGUCUGAACUGUCAGAUGCAGAGAGCCCUAGGAGCAUCUGAGCCCACUGGAAGUCCUGCAGUGAAGCCACAGACCUCCCCAUACAAGGUUCCUGGUUCUGAACUGAAGGACAUUCCAACAUUAGUCCAGCAGGACAAGUCUAUAGGAUCUACAGCAGUCACAAAAGAGGUCACUCAUGCAACUACGCAGAAACAAGUAACCCCAAAAGCUGGGGCUCCAGUGCCGAUUGCAGUCAAACAAGCUGACACACAGAUCCUUUCGGGGACAGAACAACAGCAAGGCAAGGUUGUGGAUGACCAGCAGAAACCUGUUGGAAAAUCCCCACAAGUCCAGCUUUCACAAACUCCAAAGCCAGAAGUUAGGCCGGGUCUUGCAAAAGAAGAAGUUGGAAAAACACCACAACAGCCUUCAAAACCUGCAGCCUUUUCUGAGAAAUCUGCACCUCCACCAGCUCAUCCUGCUAAACAGGAGUCAGGGGGCUUAUUUGGCUUUGGUGGUCCUAGAGCACAACCUGCUGCUGCAAAGCCUGCUGAGUCCGUGACUGGGAAGAUGUUUGGUUUUGGCUCGUCUAUCUUCAGCUCUGCAUCUACAUUGAUAACCACAGCUGUUCAGGUGGAACCUAAAACUACACCACCAACUCCACGUAAGAUGUCCACUACAUCCAGUGUCUCUCCUAAAGCUACACCACCAACUCCACGUAAGAUGUCCACCACAUCCAGUGUCUCUCCUAAAGCUACACCACCAACUCCACGUAAGAUGUCCACCACAUCCAGUGUCUCUCCUAAAGCUACACCACCAACUCCACGUAAGAUGUCCACCACAUCCAGUGUCUUUCCUAAAGCUACACCUCCAGUUUCCAAUAUUUCAGCUCUGAAUGACUCCGAGCCACCUAAGCAGACCAAGCCUACACCAUCAGCAGAGGCCCAAGUCGAGAAAGCGCCAGCAAUGACUCAAAAAUCCAUCCAAGCGACCCAAGUUGCUCCUAAAGCACCUCAGUCGACCUGUCCACUGUGUAAGGUCGACCUCAACAUUGGCUCCACAGAUCCUCCCAAUUACUCAACCUGCACCGAAUGCAAGAACACUGUCUGCAACCUUUGUGGAUUCAACCCCAUGCCACAUACAGGGGCGAAGGAAUGGCUGUGCCUGAGCUGCCAGACUCAGAGGGCUUUGUCUGGAGAGCUGGGAGACUCAGGAAAAAUGCCCCAACUUACACCUGUAUCUGCCAAGCCAAGCCCCCUGUCCACACCCGCAACCACAAAGGCAGAACCCAAAACUUCCCCUGCGAAGGCAGAGCUGACAUCUGCAAUGACAAAAUCACAGCCCACACCAGACUCCAUCAAGUCGAUGCCAACAGCUCCAACCCUAAAGCCAAAGAUGGAACCUACGUAUGUAGAAAAGGAAACCACGGCUACAGCAGCUUCUGGACAUGUCAAGAUCCAGCUUACACCCAUACCCAUAACAGAAAAGGUUUCACCUGUUUUAGCGGAAAAACUGCCAUUGCCAGCAUUCACAGCAGAAGUCAUGCCACCGACGGCUGCAGGAACACCAACAGUGGAUAACAGAGAAGAGUCAGUCAAAGUGGAACUCAUAGAACCACAAUAUCCCGAUGCUGAAGAGUCUAAAGUUGACCUUUCAAAAGACAAGUUGGAAGCAUAUGUUGCUUCAGCUUCCCCCCUACCUGCAACUGAAGCUACACCUGUACCUACUUCCCCUUUUACUGCAGAGGUUUUCCCAAGAAAUGAAACAAAGCCAGAAUUGUCUGCUCCAAAGAAGAUUAAGGAGUUACUUACUGAUGAUCAGUUUGAACUGACAGAGCCAACAACAUCUUUACUACAAGCUCAGGUACAACCAAAGUCACAAGAAUCACAGCUGGUGUUGGAAAAAGAAGCAGCCAGCAAGGAAAUGGCUGAUGAAUUAUUUGAAAAGAUCAAAGACAUCACCUCAUUUCCAGAGACACAAGUAUCUACAAAAAACAUCAUAAUACAAGAACAAGAUGAAAUAAACAAAGAACCAGUGAAAGAAAUAAAGGUCACCAUACCUACUUGUCAGGAUGCAUUUGAAAACAAAGUAGCUACAAAGCCUGAAUCCAAAACAGAUGAGCCUGAUGAAGAUCAACCUCAAAUUUUACCCAUGUCACAAGAAUUUAAAGAUAGGAAGGUCGUUAGUGAUGCAGGUCAAAAGGAUAUUCAAGUACAUACAGAUACAUCCAUUGCAGUAAAGGACAAAGUUGGAGCUGAAAGAAGACGCUUAAGUUUUCAAGCAAUGGCUGAGAGCAGUGAAAGUGAGUUCACACCUUCGCCUAAAGUCCAGAAGAGAAAGCUGAAGGUCAGCAAUGUUUCAUCCAGCAGUGAAGACAUAAAAACUGAAAGCGCUGACUCCUCUAUGGAAGAUGAAGAAUUCAUCCGCAAGCAGAUAAUGGGUAUGGGUGAUGAAGAAGACAUGUAUCCUUCAGAAGAUGAGAGAGAAAAGGAUGUAGUAGGGGACGAACCUAUCAAAAUGUUUGAACUUGAUAAUACCUCAGUGGCCAAACCACUGUCUAGAAAAAGUAGUACAGAAAAUGAAGAAAGCCCAGCCAUGAGAAAAAACAUUCUAAAAGCAUUUGCUGAAAGAACUGAAGAUAUUUCUGAAACCAUGUCCAGUUCUACACUCAAAAAGGCUCUUCCGGUCAUCAGACACAGACAAAGCACUGAUGAAGAGGUGGAGAGCAUUACAGAAUCCCUGUCAAAGGGAUCGUCCAGUGUUCAGGUAUCUAGUUUUACUCCGGGAUCUUCACCCACUUCUGCCUCAUCUCUGGAGGAGGAUAGUGACAGCAGUCCCAGGCACAGGAAAAUCCGUGGGGAAAAACAGCUUCGCAAAGGAAGACACAGGCAGCCAACUCAGCCUCUCCCAACCAUUGAAGACUCCUCUGAGGAAGAGAAAAUGAGGGGGGGGGAGAAGUCUAGAAAAGAAAAAGAAGAACUUAAAUCGCAUGGGACUUCUCUGUUCCCAACUAAAGAUACUUCCUCAACAGAGAAUCUGAAGCAGAUCACCACAAUGGAUGAAACCAGUAGAUCUGGUUCUGAGUACUCUGCUAGUAUAGAAUCAGAGCCAGAGGUUUGGCGAGCUGUACAGAGGGUGGAUAAGCCAUCACCAACAGUGAUUCCAUACAAUCUCUCUGAUCCAUUUAGCGAGAAGCAUAUUGUGACAUCACCAUUGAAGAGUGCUGAGGAAGCAUAUGAGGAUAUUAUUCAAAAGACAAAAGCUAUUCCUGGGGAGAGUCCUCCUGAUAUUGAGCCACUUUAUGGAGGAAUGUCCAUAGAGGACUAUCUUUAUGGAUCCUUAGUGGAGGAGCCUGAAAUCAAGAUGGGAGAAUCUCAAGAGGAUACAAGCUCUGAGUGUCUCAAAAAACUUAGGUCUCCAGAGGAGGUCUAUGAAAAGAUGAUGCAGAAAAAGAAAGAACUGAUGAUAAUAGAGCAAGAGUUUCAACAGGCCCAGGUUGCCAUUGAAUCAUCCUCAGCUUCCGUCACUGGGCCACCUUUGAUUGCAGAGACCUGUGUGGUGACCAUAACCACAGAAGAGACAUCCCCUACUGAGCAAUUUGACAUGCUUCUUCCAGGCACUGAAACUUCUAGUGAAGUGCCAAUGAAGCGAAAGAAAAGGCCUGCUCCACCGCGCCCCACUGAACCCCCUAAGCGUUCAGAAGUCAAUGUUGUACCAAGUACACCAGGUGGAUCCAUUGGUUUUGCUAGGCCUAUGGUUCCUCAAGAUCCUUCACUCAGAAAGGCAUUGUUCCCCAUACCGGACCUCAAGAUUACCCGGUGCUCAUCUGGGGAGGAAGAGGAUGACAGUCUUGCUGACGAGUAUGGUGUUGGUAUUUCCUCUGACAUUACCCCCAGUGAUGACUCUGAGACUAAAGAGUAUCCCUCCAUGAGCCCACCUUUGUCUGAAACCAUGGAGAUGGAGCCUUUCUGUGUAGUCUGUGAAAUUCCAGAGCCAAAACCUAUUCCAACUCCAAUUUCAGCACCCGAACUAACCACCACACCGUCCCCAGUAUCACCAUUGUCACCUCCAACUUCACCAGCCACUCCAGAUUCCAGUAUGUCUUCUAAUGCUACAUCCUCAUCCUCACUCCAGGCUCAAACACCUCUUUCAUCCGAUUCAACUCCACUGUCUACGCCAACACAUCCAACUUUAUUUGUAACCCAAUCACCUCAUGAGAUCUCAACACCAACCCCUAGCACAAUUGUAAAAGUACCAUCUACUGGGGCCUCCGUUUCUGAAAUUAUAGUUUCAAUGCCAGAUGUUGUGUCUGGUCCAUCAAAUACUCAAACAGCUGCAGUAGUUCAAGGUAAGGCAUCUACAGCCGAAGCUCCAACUCCAGCACUUUUGGGGGAGUGUAGACCUGUCGCUGUUGUGGUCCAGAAGCCAGACCUUGAUUCACUUCCAUCUCAGGAGCCUAUUGUGGCUCCAGCUGUUGUACAGGUCUCAGCACAAAGACCAGCACCUGUUGUUGUCUCAGCUCUACCCCCAGUCUUAUUUACAUCUGUACCUGUAACAGUCAACCCUGAAUCUCCAGCCCUAGUUGAUAUUGAUUCUGUCACUCAGACCUCAUGCCCUUGGACAUUCAAAGACCAGACAAUGCCUGACCUGGUUUCAACUUCAUCUUCAAUCUCUGCACAAACCCCACUACCGGUCUCAGCACUCGCAUCCAGUCCAACUCAAGGCCAAGUGAAAGUGUUACACUCCGUCCCUUCCCGGACAGCAAUCUCACUAAAGAGCCCUGUCCCGAUCCCAGCUCCAGUUCCACCAGCGCAGGGGCCUGGACUGUCUUCCGCGUCCACUAUUAUAACCAAGAAAAAGGUCCCUCCCCCUCCACCACCUCGGUCUACUUCAGUGUCAUUACCUGAGAGUAGUGCAGAAUUUCCACUUGUAAGGACUGUUCAGUAUGUCACCCCCAUUAUGACCACCAGCAUAGCUAACAGUGCUACAGUGACUGGUCAGCCAAUGCAGUCUGUAUUUGUGGAUAUACAGCCAAGAAUGGAAGAUAUGCAACUAGAUAGUGGGGCUGUACCUCAGGUAGUUACCCCAACCAGACAGGGGCAUGUAGUCAUCAUAGUGCCAAGUGUGGAAAACAAAUCUCUUCUUGGACAAACCCCACAAGAUAUGGCUGGUAAAGGAUCCAUUACUGCUACUACUACUACUCUACCACAACGUCGUGAAAUGGCUUCAGAAAUACCCAGCACUGAUACAGGUUCAUUAUCCACUAAGUUGUCACCAGUGCCAGCACCCCUUGUAUUGAAACCUACAGUCAUCGAUCCAGUUGAAAUACUUGUAGCAGAUACAUCUCCAUCCCUCUCUACCACUUCAACCAAGCCAAACAUGUAUCCAACAUCUCUGGUUUCCCCUGCAGUGACGAUUACCACAGCAACAGUAGCACAAGCUUCUUAUACCACUGUUGGUCCUAGUCAAACUGCAAAGCCUCCUCCUCCCAUACCACCUAAGCCUAUAUCAAUUCCAGCUGGACUGGUUUUUAGCCAUAAGCCAGGAGAGAGUGUUAAGCCACCUCCACAUCAUGUGGCUCCCAAAGCUGCUACACUACCGAGGAUCAAAGAACCUCCAAAUGCUCUGUCACUCAGCCUUACUCGGCCAGUGGAAUCUAAGUUCAGUGCAACAUCUCCUAAGUCACCUAUGUCUCCCAGACAUUCUAAAUGUUUGCAAACCUAUGUAGUGAUAACCCUUCCAUCUGAGCCUGGCUCACCGACAGAGGUUAUAACAGUCCAGGCACCUGUAAGACGAGGCUCCAUCCCAUCUACAAAGGUGUCAGGGGUAAGGACCACACCUUUAGAGCAAAAAACAUCCAUUGAGGCCUUUUCAGCACAUGCUACAGUUAGGAGGGCCUCCGUUCCCACUGUAAGGCACCUACCUCCAAUAUCCAUAGAUCCAAUUGUGGCAGUCGAACAAGUAACUCCCUAUGACGUUCUGGAUAACAAAGUGCCAGCCAGAAGAGACAAUCUGCCUUCUCCAGUACUAUCACCAUCUAUUGCUAAUGUCAUGGUGGAGCCAUUAGGUCAGAAUACAUCUAUUCAGGCACAUACGGUACCUCUUCCAAUUAAGAAACCAUGUGUGCAACAGCAGCAAUUAAUUACCCCGAAACUGCCACCACCUCAAACUAUGUAUGAGGUCCUCACAAUGCACUCAGAACCAAAGGUACAAACCGUCCAAUCAGAAAUUGUUGCUUUACCACUGCAGACUGAGGUAACUUUAGUUGCACCACUCCCCCAAGAUAGACCAGCAGCUGUUUCCACAACUAUUCUCAAUCCACAAUUUGCAGCUCAAAUAGAAAUGCAACACCAAGAACAGUGUAUGCCAACUCAUGACAUGGUAAUUGAGACAGUUAUAGCUAAAUCACAAACACCAACAGUGAGUCAGCUAAUUCCUCUAAAACAGCAAUUUGCAAUAGUUGAAGUGACUCUUUCUACCGAGGAGGAAGUACCUUCAGUUUUCAGCAAGACUCCCACCAUUGCAGAAAUCCCCUUAGCACCACCAACUUUUUGUCCUUUAGAAGUUAUAUCUUCACAGCACCCACUGCUCAUUGAUGAAGUGUUGCCCUUCCCUACAAGUGAAGUACCUGAAGAGAUCAUUACAUCCGAGAAUUCCGUUAGAACACCUAGGUUAGCAGCAGUAUGUCCGGUUCCUCAAACUCAAUCUUUCAUUGUUGAAAUGACCCCAACAUUAGAGGUAGCUGAGCUAAUGCCACUAACUACUGUAGGUGUGAUAACACCUACAAGUGUGAAUUUAACACCAUCACCUCUAGCAAUGCAAUUCCAACCAAUGGACAUACAGCCGGAUGUACCUCUUCAAGUGUAUCGAGCAAUUACAUCCACGGUCAUGUCACCUUCAACGCCACCACUGAAGAUUAUAGCAUCGGAACCUGAACAUGAGACAAUCAUAGAGAUUAUACCAAAGGACGGUGAUUUAAAACCUUCAAUGUCAUCGUCAGUGUGGCAGCCCCAUGCAUCUGCUGGGAUGCCAUAUCGAGUCAUUCCAACUGGGGAAACUACCAGGGGAAGGAGGACAUCUAUAUCGGCCAUGGUGCAGCCAACAUACACCACGAUUGAAAUGUUUACUCAUCCAUACGAAAUACCCAACCAGAUGGGUACAACUGAGGCUUUUGCUGCCACCAGGAGAGAAUCAAUAACCAUGCUGCCAUCAUUACCAUUGCCACAUGUAGUAAACAUGCCAGCUGAAAAGGAUAUUCCUAUUGAUGGUUAUGCAGUUCAAAGUCCCUACAGGAGAGGAUCAUUUUAUUCAACAGAAGAAAUACCACAAGUAUCAACUUAUUCAUCAGAAUAUGAAUAUCCUUUGGAGAUAAUAUCCACUGAAGCAUAUACCAGGAGAACCCCAAUACCCACUGCACAGGCCAUUCCACAGGCUGUAUCUGUGGCUCCAGUCACUAUCACUAAAAUUCAGCAGGAAUCUAUUGAGAGUCAAGAGAUUCGAGGACCAGAAAAGGUGGUCUCAAGUAUGAGUCACAUGUAUUCUUCUUCAAUUUCUACCUCAGGCCAGCCUCCCGAAAGCAUGCCAAGCCUUGUAACUCAGGUGGUCACUACUGAAGUCCAGAGGACCACUGUAUCCGUUGUUCACGAAAGACUUCCACAAGUCCCUCAACACAGUGUAGCAAUCUCCAUCCAACCAGAAGUAGCUAAAGUCCAAGCUCUGACAAAACACAAUGGAAAGAUAAUCUACCCUGGUGAUGUUGUUGAUUUACGAACCAUGAAGGUUAACAUAAAGAUGACUGAGCAAGGCAUGGACCUAACACCACCUGAGUCAUGUCGACAGUCAUUUUCAAGUGACUGUAGUGGUCGCCAAAUCACAGCAGUGCAGCCUGAGAUAGUAAAUCUUAGUGCAGAGAUAACACCUGCCACCACGCUGUCUGUGGUCACAGACAGCAUAACGAUAGUCGCUUGCACAGCCACGAUUGCCUCAUAUAACAAUACUCCAGCUCCAGCUGAGAAACCACUUGAUUUGCAAGGUCAUGUUUCGUCAUUGCCACUGCCUCUCACCACAUACAAACCAUUCGAACCGCUUGCUCAGAUUGUGUACAGACCUGUGAAUUCCGACCCUUUAGUCAGUGCUAUAGCAUCCGCAGCUCAAGACUUGCCCAUUAAUCUUUCCUUUGGAGCCCUGGUCUCUUCAGGUGGCGAACAGACAAUGAGUUCCCCACUAUCUAUCAGAAAUGAAGGUGCUGUACUUUCUCUGGAGGCCACUGGGGCCAUGGAUUUGUCAAACUACAGACCAGUGAGAGCUAUGGUAGCUUUGUCUGACACAAGCCCCGGAGUGGUGACGACUGUUGUAGAGGAUGAUGGGACUCCAGUUGACCUAACAGCUGGUAGGAGGAUUGUUUGCUGUGAUGUUAUUUAUAAGCUACCAUUUACAGGAAGCUGCAGAACACAGCCACCUGUUACAACUCAACCUGACAAUCGUCUUGGCUAUAGAGAUGAUCACUAUCAAUAUGAUAACGCUGGACUGUAUGGUUUCCAAGGCAUGAAUGGUAUAAAAGCCUCAAUAUCUGAGACACACCUGACAGAGGCAGGACUGUUUUCCUAUGAUCACAGGAAUGACUAUGAUCAUCUCAGUAGAUCUUCAGAUGAUGCUAUGGACCUCACUGCUGCCAAACUUUCUUCUGGUAAAGCUCUAGACUACACUAGUAAAUCUACUGGAUUCUACCCUGGGACGAUUGCUGCUCCAGUUCCAUCCACAAAUACAAUUACAACUCAACCGGGCUCCAUCUUUAGCACCACCUUAACACCAUCAACAGUCCAGAACCAGUCAUCGCCUUAUCCAUAUGGCUUUAUUCACAGUACAGACCCUGGACAGAUAAUUACUUUUGACACAGAAAUACCUAAGGAUCUUCUACCCACAGCUUUGGCGGACAUCAUUACAGGCUAUCCGGACAUGUACUCGGACACAACCCUGGAAGCAAUUGCUGCCUCUCUGGAUGCCUUAGCCUCUUCCCCAAUAUUCCCUGGCUUAGACAACACAAAGAUGGCUCAGUAUCAGAUGGAGAGGGAGUUUCUAGAGCUGGAGAAGCUUAAGCAGCUUUGUCUUGCUGAGGAACUGGAAUGGGAGAGGCAAGAGAUCCAGCGUUACCGUGAACAGGAGCAACUAAUGGUGCAAAGGGAGCUUGAGGAGCUUCAGGCACUGAAACAGCAGCUUCUCAUGCAGCAAGAAGAAGAGCACCAUGCCCACAUGGUAGCCCAGCAGGAGACCUAUGCCCAGCAAAAAGAGCAGUUGCAGCAAAUCCAACAGCUCCAACUGCAACUCCAACGCCAGCUUGAUGAGCACUAUGGUAGCACUGGCCACACAGGAAACUUCCUAGAUGCCAAAUAUGCAGGGGUGGGGGACAGUGGCCAGUACUGGCCUGUCAAAGAUGAGUCUACUGUCUCUAUUGGUACACAUUUAGAAGAAAGUCAGGACCAGUUUAAUAUUGGAAAGAGCAUUCAAGCUGAACAAGAUGCAGGGAAAAGAAUUAUCGAUAGUGGAGUGCAGACAGAUGAUGAAGACUCGACAGAGAAGCAACAUGUUGGAAGGAGAAAGAAAAAUAAGAGAAAUGUUGAUUGCUCCGCUCAGACUGAUGAUGAGGACCAAGAUGAAUGGGAUGCUCCCACAAAAGCUCGACGCCGAUCUCGAAAACAUAGCGGUGAUGGGAAACACGGCUCCAAGGUCUCUAGUAUUGCUAUCCAAACAGUGGCGGAAAUAUCUGUCCAGACUGACCACUCUGGAGCUAUCAAACCACCCGGUGUACACAUGGACACAAAGGUGGAAAUUAUCAAGCAUAUCUCAGCUCCAGAGAACUCUCAGAGAGGUGGCAGCCUUAGCUGUCAGACAGAAUCAGAUAGAAGUGUCACACCUAUUGAGAUGGGGUACAGCACACACCUAAGAGCCGAUGUCCCACUCAAGUCAAAAGUCUUCUAUACCUCAAUCUCCCCCGUGUCCCCGGAAAAGUCCCUUGGAGGGCAGAGAAUGUUGACUGCUGACCCAAACAGAUUUUCCUCUGGUCCCCGUAUAUUAAAGUCUGGUCAGAAGUCUCUGUCUGAUCCUAAAUCCCUCAGUCCCACCACAGAUGACAGGAUGGGUGGAUACUACGCAGACAGCUAUUCUAGCCGAAGCUCUCCAUCUGGGACAGGUAGGAAGGUAAAACGGACGCUGCCCGAUCCCCCUCCUGAGGAUGACUCUAUGGCAGGUCGUGCAGGCUACAACUCCAACUCUGCACGUCGUCGUCUUGCCCGCAGUACAACAAUGGCCCGGGCAAAGAUCCUGCAGGAUAUUGACAAGGAGCUCGAUCUGGUGGAAAGAGAAUCGUAUAAACUCCGCAGAAAACAAGCUGAACUAGAUGAAGAAGAGAAGGAGAUUGAUGCCAAGCUACGCUACCUUGAGAUGGGUAUCAACCGGCGUAAGGAGGCCUUGCUGAAGGAGAGAGAGAAGAGAGAGAGGGCCUAUCUCCAGGGGGUGGCAGAGGAAAGAGACUACAUGUCAGACAGUGAGGUUAGCAACAUCAGAGAGUCCAGGGGCGAUGGCCUGGAGAGACCACGGACAGCUCCCCAGUCGGAGUUUGACCAAUUCAUCCCCCCCCAGACUGAAGCUGAUUCCCAGUACAACACUCUAACUAGUCCCUACUCUCACUAUGCCCAGUAUGUUCCCCAGACCCAAACCACCAGCCACUACACUCAACAAAACCUAUAUCAGCAGCAGCAGUCCCUUUACCACCAACAGGCGUCUCCUUACACAAACCUAUCCCUCCCCCAUUCCCAAGGUCAGUCUAGCAGCUACCAACAUGCGCUCCUCUUGCAGCAGGGAAAACAGCGACGAUCCACCCUGUCUGAAUUAGAGCCUAAGAUCACCACCAACUAUGAAGUGAUACACAACCAGCCUCUGCUCAUUGUGCCAUCCUCCACAGAAAGUCUUUAUGGAGUUGCUCACCUUGGGGAUAAGUAUGGCAGCUUGGACUUGAGGCUGGGGCUGGGGGAAAGGAGCAUGGCCUCUAGUCCCAUGUCUACCAUUUCUGCUGAUUCCUUUUAUGCCGAUAUUGACAACCGCAAUUCCAGGAACUACGUGCUGAUAGAGGACAUAGGGGAGCUCACCAAGGCCUCAACCAGUCAGAGCAACACAGGGCUGGGUUCUGGAUUCAGCAUUCCUGAUAAAGAGUUAUCCAAGGCAGACAGACUACUCAGGGCAGCAGAAGUCAGGCGCACAGCAGAGGUGGCAGAAUUUUUAGGCUCAUCUCGACUUCAUGGUUAUGGCAAAGGAGAAGAUGAGACGAUGGAGGAGCCUUAUGAGUUGAAGCUACUCAAGCAGCAGAUUAAGCAGGAGUUCAGGCGAGGAACUGAGGGAAUAGAGAACUUAACAGGGCUAGGCCUUCCCCAUCAUCUCCCCAGUGACAGCAGUUUUCGUCACUUUCCUAAAGGAGAGAAAUAUAGCAUUGGCAGGUUAACCCUGGAAAAGCAGGCUGCAAAGCAACUCCCAGCAGCUGUGCUUUACCAGAAACAGAUGAAGAACAAAAAAGCUACCAUAGAUCCCAAAGCCAUCACAAAAUGUUCCCCAAUUCAAGAGAGUAGGGAUAUGGAGCCUAACUUUAAUUAUAUGGGAUCUGGGGUCUCAUCUGUGACCAAUCUGGCUGCUACAGCUAGGUUGCUUCAGGAUGAGAUUACAUUUGGGUUAAGAAAAAACUUGUCUGAGCAGCAGAAAUAUUUAGGUUCCUCCCUAGGCACCAAUUUAGCUGGUUCGCUCAAUUUUGGGCAAUCCCUCGGACUUGGACCAGCCAUCAGGGCCACUGCCCAGGAUGAUGGCACCUACCCAAGUGGAACCCGUUCUCGACCCUCAUCACGGCCUUCUUCCCGCCCCUCUUCUCGCCCCUCUUCUGUCUAUGGCUUGGACCUUUCUAUCAAACGGGACCUAUCCAGUUCCUCGCUUAGAUUAAAAACCGAAGGAGAGGUCCUAGACGCAGCAUUUGCUCCAGGGGUGGCCAGAACGAAGCCUACCAGUCUCCCUAUAAGUCAAAGUAGGGGGCGCAUCCCCAUAGUGGCUCAGAACUCUGAGGAGGAAAGCCCUUUGAGCCCGGUGGGGCAGCCUAUGGGUAUGGCCAGAGCCUCAGCUGGACCUCUUCCUCCAAUCUCUGCUGAUUCCAGGGACCAAUUUGGGUCCAGCCAUUCUCUGCCAGAGGUACAGCAACACAUGAGGGAGGAAUCUCGGACUCGAGGCUAUGAUCGAGACAUUGCGUUCAUCAUGGAUGACUUGCAAGGCGCCAUGUCCGACAGCGAAGCACUAAGUGAAUCCACGCUGACUUUGAACAGAGACGAUGCCAGAAUCUUUCAUGAAAGUAUCAGACACGCUGGAGGCCCAAACUGGAAUAUAGAAGCCUACCACCUUAGAAGAGAGGAGACAGAUUGGUUUGAUAAGCCGAGAGAAGGGGAUCCGCAGAGUGGAAAUACAUCAGACAGGAGACAGAGGAAACUGGUGCCUUAUGCCUUCCCUCACACUUGCAUCAAGCUAAAAAGAGACCCGAAAGACACCAGUGUGUCAGGAAACGGUCUUGGGAUCCGUGUGGUAGGUGGGAAGGAGGUUCCGGGUUGCCGAGGACAGAUUGGAUCCUACAUUGCCAAGGUUAUCCCUGGUGGUGUGGCAGAACAAACAACAAAAGUUGUGGAGGGGAUGCAGGUGUUGGAGUGGAACGGAAUCCCUCUGACUGGAAAGACUUAUGAAGAAGUGCAAUGCAUCAUGGGCCAGCCAUGUGCUGAGGCGGAGCUCUGUGUGAGACUCGACCUUAAUAUGCUGUCUGACCUUGAGCACCCACAAGCCCUGGAGCACCAUGUCCAGCUUAAGGCUGCAGGUGGGCAGCGUUCCCCUGGGGUGGAUCCGAUGCAGUUGGCGGCAGAACUGCAGAAGGUUUCCCAGCAGCUCGCUCCUGGAAUGUGUGGGGCGGGGCUUGGGACUGGGGAUUUAGGUGUCCUCUCUGCACUUGAGCGAUCUGCCCUCCUGCACUCAGGUCCUGGAUCGGCUGCCUCCAGUGGUGUGCCAAGCCCGGGCCAGCCCGCAUCUCCUGCCAUAAAUAAGAAACAACGGCACAAGCCAAUUGAAGCAAUGAGGACACCUCAUCUCAUCACUGGAGAAAUUCAGCUGCAGAUCAACUACGACAGGAACCUAGGAAACCUGAUCGUCCACGUUCUGCAGGCUAGAAAUCUGGCCCAGAGGGACAACGACGGUUACUCUGACCCUUUUGUCAAAGUCUACCUCUUACCGGGGAGAGGCCAAGUCAUGGUUGUCCAGAAUGCAAGUGCUGAUAACAAAAGAAGGACCAAAUAUGCCCAGAAGACCAUGAACCCAGAAUGGAACCAGACUGUCAUCUACAAGAACAUUCAUUUGGAGCAGUUAAAGAAAAAGACGCUGGAGGUGACAGUGUGGGACUACGACAGAUCCUCCUCAAAUGACUUCCUCGGAGAAGUGUUGAUUAACUUGUCAAACACUGCUCAGCUAGACAACACUCCUCGCUGGCUGCCUCUGAAGGAGCAGAGUGAGAGCAUUGAGCAUAGCAAAGCCCACCAUGCUUCUCAAGGGCCCCCAGGGUCUGGGUCCGAUCAGGGUUAUGGUCAAGGACACAGCCUGGGCCAUAUGUCAGUCCCUGGGAUGGGGACUGGGCAUGCCGUUGGACAGGGUCAAGGACCAGAUGGGAGUCACGAUUUACCUAAGAACUCUGUGAUCAAGAGCAGAAGCCAUGGCAUCUUCCCUGAUCCGUCCAAAGACAUGCAGAUGAUGCCUUUGGAAAAGUCCCACAGCAGCCCUGGCAGCUCCAAGUCUUCCUCUGAUGGUCAACUGCGCUCCCAUGGCCCCUCCCGAAGCCAAAGCAAGAGCAGCGUCACUCAGGCCCACCUUGAGGACGCUGGGAUAGCCAUUGCUGCCGCCGAGGCUGCCGUGCAACAGUCCCGCCUGCAACCAAGACCAGGACAUCGACUUGGUGAUGUGUCAGGGUCUGUGGUGCUGUCUGCCCCGAGUCUUGUUGGAGACGCCUAUGGAGGUCUGGACGGGGAAGAGGGGACAGUCAUUGGAGUGGACAGUGCCAUUUUUCAAGUGCCACGCUUCGGUAAGACUAUUCCAAACGGCACGGACAAAAACCAAAUAGUGACCCCAGAAAACGAAGGUGGUAAAACACAAGUAAUGGGGGAGAUCAAGGUGGCUCUCAAAAAGGAAGUAAAAACAGAAGGGGACCAACUGGUCUUGGAGAUCCUUCAAUGCAGAAACAUCACCUACAAGUUCAAAAGUCCCGACCACCUACCAGAUCUGUACGUGAAGUUGUAUGUGGUCAAUGUAGCCACUCAGAAGAGGAUCAUUAAGAAGAAGACCAGAGUCUGUCGACACGACAGAGAGCCGUCUUUCAAUGAGACCUUCAGAUUCCCCCUCAAUUCAACUGGACACUCCAUACAGCUUUUCUUGGUAUCCAACGGAGGAAAGUUCAUGAAGAAGACCCUGAUUGGGGAAGCCUACAUCUGGCUGGACAAGGUGGACAUGAGGAAGAGAGUGGUCAGCUGGCACAAGUUGUUUGUCAGCUCCACUCAAACCAACGCCUGAGCGCCACACCAAAAAGACGAGAUGAAGGUGAAGCCAGAAUGUACUUGUUCAGAGAUUCCACUUGACAAAAACAUGAGUAUGGGACAAAGAAUGGGGCAUGAAGGUAAAAUGAAAAGAUCCAUCCAAUUAACUUCUUUUGUUUAUAGUUGAAAAGGACGGAAUUAUGUGCUAUCACAAUAAUACCACUUCAUUAUCAGUCCAACACUGCCAGCACACAUGUCCUCCUUUUCUUCGUGUCAAGUGUCAGCUGGCUCGAGUGAUGCAAACAGGAGAAUGCCACAGCAGCCACUGAAAUACACUGAGCAGACACUUUGAAAUUGAACCAUUGUUUUAAUUACAUAAUCCACUUUAACUUUGUUGUUUUGGUGCUGCGCAACUGAGCUAACAUAUCUAACCGAGGGAAAGACGGUUUUACUUUGAUCAUCGACUGAAAUGUGUUUUCUUCAUAUGAGAGUAAUUAUUGUAAUUUAAAAAUGACGUUUGUAAUUUGUGUGGACUUCGGUAUUCUUGAAGUGUUAAAUGAUGAAGGAAUGCAUAGUGUUUGUGUACUAUCGUCUUUCAGUAUCAUGAAAAAGAGACAAAAAAAAAAGGUACAAAUAGACGGCCAGAUUACUUUUGCUAUGGGGUAAAGAAAAGAAUGUACAGCACCACAGACUGUAUAUAUCACACAUGCAGAUUCCAGGCCUAUCAGAGAACCCUAUUGUACAGCGUGAUGUUUAUAUAAUAUACAUAGAUAUCAGAUGCACAAUAUAUCGAAAUACACUAUACACUAUAAGAGAUGUUCUGUUGUAACUAGAUAAUAUAUAAUAACAUAUUGACACCUGCCCUUUAAUUGAGGCUGUGGUGGCGCACCGACAAUCCAGUAGGCUACGUUAGUCUAUGGUGGAGGCAGUCUUUAUAGACUCUAUGUGAACGUGGGCCUAUGUGAGCUCGAAGAUGUAGCUCCUUCCGUCCACUCAUCACACUGAUGAACCAUUCGAUAUUCAACAGAGGUGUGAUGGAUAGCACAUCUGAAAAUACAGUGACAAAUUCACAUUUUACUCACAGGUUUAAACCACAAUAAAAUGAAUAAGUUGCUGUGUUGAAUGUUACAUGCCAAUUACAGGGAAUGAUAGGAUUUUACGUUCGGGCUGUUGUAGUGUCUCAGAGUGUGCUGAAAUAUCUCUUUCUGUGUUGCCUCCAAUGUUGUUACAGAACCACAUGUGGGUCAUUACCUCCUUGGUUUUACCUAAAAAUAUUCAAAAUCAAGAUAAAAUGUUCCAACAAGUCCAAUAUCAAGGGUUCUCGGUGUGUCUGGCUGUGCUGUAGAAGUCCUUCGGCGGUUUUUAUGCAGCAACACAGUGAACCAGCCAUUCUCACUGCCUGUGACCAAAAUACUCCCCCAGGCUCACUGGAGGAGAAGGAGAAAAUGUAUUCAUCUUAAAACAUGUUGCUGUCAUAUCUACAGAAUGAAAAAAUACUCGUGACCCUCAUUACUGUUGGUGUAUUUAGACAUAUCACAGGGCUGAUGCAAUUUUUUUAAAGAAUUAAUAUAAAAGAGCAAACAACAGAAACACCUAGAACCAGACGGCACUGCGUUGUUGUUUAAAAGGAGAGCAAAAAGAGGGAAAAUAAUAAGAAAGGGAGCUUUGUUGAUCUUUUAUUUUGCUGUGCCAAGAUUGUUUUCAAACUUCAUUGGUUCUUAAUUCUAUGCAACUUAGAUGUGUUUAAAUGCAUUUGCUUUUUUGGAAUUAAAUGUUAUAUCUGUAAAAAAAAAAAAGUAUGUCUUAUAGAAAAUAACUUUAAUUUGUACAUCCCUGAAAGAAAAUAUUAAAUGAAUUGAUUUUUUACUGAUUUUAAUAUGAAUUGUUAACACAUGUUAGCAUUUACUUGGAGCUUGUGCACUUUAUAUUAUUUUACCUUUUUGUCUCAUUUUAACUGUCAUGACAUGGAAGAUUAUGUGGUUUGUGUUUCUGCACUGAAAUUAGCUGGAUCGGGUGUAUUUGGUGUCAGAAAUAGUAUGGUGCAAUUUUGUAUUUAUGUGGCAAAAGAAAACGAAGGAGACACGUUCGGGUCCCUAAAGUAACCGCACAAUCUGGGGAAAGAUAAAACUUACUACAUCAUGCUCAUAGUGUACCUACCAGUCUGUGUACAAAGUACGGUUAAUAAGACAUGUUCCCUAAAUUCUCCGUCAUGACUGUUUAACCCCUCGUGUUUCAUUAGACUUCCCUCAUGCUAAUUACUGUUUGUUCAGAUCAGAUGUUGCCUGUAUUUGUGAAUCCAUCUAUUUGUUGUUGUUGUUUUGAGGGGUGUGAAUGUGACUCAAGUCCUUUGACAUGUGUACAUAAAGUGUUUAUUUUCUACAAAGAUUGAAUGUUUAUAUUGUCCAAAGUUUGAGCAUGUGAGUGUUGAAAAAAAAUCACAGAAGACGUAUAACUGUACAGCAAUGUGUGUAGUUGUAUAAGGGGAGUUGACUGUGUUAUCAAAAAAUGUGGUGUCAACCAAUGACUAUAUGUGCAACCAUGUCCCGCUGAAACAACUCAAAGGGGAAAAAAAUCUAUUCAACUUCAAUAGUUGUCUGAGACUUUGUGUUUUGGGUGUUGCAUGUUUUGUUGAUGGUUUGUCCAGAUAUUUUGCAUACAGAUUAUGUUUAAAAAGAGACACGAUAUGUAUAGAUUUUUCUGUAUGCUGACUGUAAAGAAAUAUGCUUGUAAAAUGGUUUUGUUUUUCACUCGGUGUAAAACAAAGACUCUAAUGUUAUGGUUUUGUGGUUGUACACAGGAUGUGUUGAGAUAAUAUGCAAAUUGUGCUGUAAAAUCAGCUGUUUCCCCUGAGUCUAAAGAAUAAAUAUCAAGAAGAGCUAUAUUACA